AUGAAGGAUUAUAAACUAGUUGUUUUAGGCUCAGGAGGUGUAGGGAAAUCUGCCUUUACAGUUAAAUUUGUUCGAUCAAUGUUUGUAGAAAGAUAUGACCCUACAAUCGAAGAUUCAUAUAGUAAAAAAGUAGAAAUUGAUAAUCGAAUAUGUAUGUUGGAAAUAUUGGAUACGGCAGGAACUGAACAAUUUACUGCAAUGAGAGAUUUAUAUCUGAAAAAUGGACAUGGAUUUAUUCUAAUGUUUUCAAUCGUUGAUCAAUCAACAAUUCAUGAUUUGGUGGAAAUAAGAGAACAAAUAAUUAGAGUUCCUAUGGUGCUUGUUGCUAACAAAUGCGAUCUUGUAAAUGAAGGGGUAACUUCAAAUCAGCAAGCUGUUGCACUAUCUCAAAAUUGGGGUGAUAUAGCCUUCUAUAAAACUUCUGCAAGACUUGGAAUAAAUGUUGAUGAGGUUUUCUAUGAUUUGGUUCGUCAGAUAAAUCGUCAAACAUAUUCAUCAUCACCACCAUCACCGUCUUCUUCUUCUAGUAGUUCGACCAAUAACAAGAAGAAGAAGAAAUGUAACUUGGCUGAUGGUAAAGUGAGUAGAGUUGUAAGAUACAACUACGCUAUUAGAAUUAAAGAUAAAUCCCAUGGUCCUUGUUUUGGUGAUAAAGAUCUUUGGAUGAAAAAUAAUUUCAACGGAUACGAGAAUUGUUCUUCUGAUAAAGAUGAUUACCAAGAGAAAAUCACCACUUUAAAUAAAUUCUGGGUGAUAGAAUAUGAAGUUUUUCAAGUUAUUAAAAAAUGA